CUCUCCAUUCUCCCCCAAAACUCUCCAGAGCUCCCCUUCCACCGCGCGCCACCGAGCCGCUCCUCCCUUCCAACGCGCACCAAGCCUACUAGUGCAGCACCGCCUCCUCCUCCUCCUCAUGGCCGGCCCUCCCAGUCCUCGACCGUUCCUUCAUCGCGGCGGCGGCGGCUACGGACGAGUCGGCGGUGGUCAGCCCCGACGCGGCGCCUGACGUGGACGCGGAGUUCGGGUUCCAGCGGCACGAUUUCGGCAAGGAGAAGCUCGCAGGGACGGUGGAGUUCCACGAGCGACACCUCUUCCUCUGCUACCAGGGCCCCCAGGAGUGGCGGUCCCACGUUGAGGCAAUCUACUCCGACCAACUUCCCGGUCUUCUCGCCGCCGCGAUCGAGGCCCGAAAGCCCAAUUUGAAGAAAAUCACCAAGCUAACCAUCUGUGAAGCAAAAGAUAGCAUGGAAGCAGCUCUUGGAGACAUUUUAAUAUUUCCUGAUAUGAUCCGAUACAGAGGGCUGACCAACUCUGAUGUUGACAAAUUUGUUGAUGAGGUACUUGUAAAAGAGUUUGAAUUGCUACCUGGAUCUCUUGAGGCUAUAAGAGGUUCCUAUGUUUUUGUCUGCACUGAUGGAGACAAAAGGUGCAAUGUCUGUGGCCCUGCUUUGAUCAGAAGGUUCGAGGAGGAGGUAGAAGGCAAAGGUCUUGCUGAGGUGUCUCUUAAUGAAUGCUCAGGCGCCGAAAUUCACAAGUACGCAGGUCAUAUAAUGAUAUUCCGUUCUGGUGCUACUGGAGAAGUUACUGGCCACUGAGGUCAGCUUGGUUUAUCCGAAGAAGAUCAACAGACAGCUUUGGAGCUCAGGCAGAAGUUGAACUUCAUCAGAAUUCCUUACUCGAGCCACUGACACAAACAAAAACAGGGGAAGUCAGGAAUGAUCAGAGUCACUCGCUUGAGACCUCAAGUGGCCUUGGUGGAAAGUUACCUGAUCCUAUGAUGAAACUUAAAAUCCCAAAAGAUUUUGCUGGAGAUGCUGUUCUCAGUGGUUCUGAAUGGCACCAUUUUUUACAUGCAAAAGAUCUGCAAACUGUCGUCAAUGAAACAGAGAAAUGGUUAUCGGGCAAAUUGUCUUUGGCACUCCUGCAAAAUGGGCCAGUUUUUGCGAUUGAAGGGAAAGAUGUCUCUGAUAUGCUAUUCCAGAAUGGUGCAGUUUGUGUGGUAAGAAAUGACCAGCUCUCAGAGGUGGUCAUCACAAGGAGACUCUACAGCAAUAGCAUUACUGCUACACUAAGGGAACGCCAAGCUGGAACUUCUGAAGUCUCUGAUAUCAAGAUCACGAAAACAGAGUUUGGUGGUAAUGGCUGGACUCGCCGAAAGUAUUCAAUCGAAGGCGAUGAUGGAUAUCAUGUGUUCCAGUGGCGCCCCCGAGAAUCGGAUAGCAAGUUGCAGACCAAACCGAAGCAAAAGGCAAAAGUGAAGCACAUUCAGGAUGAAGUUGCUGUGCCGCCAUCGCCAAGAGUUGAGCCACAGAUUCCGGACUUCUCCCUAAGCAACUGCAUUUCCAUUGCAACGGCGAUUCCUGAGCUGUCACCAGUUGAGAAGGCAAACAGUUGUGAUAUAUUCAGAGAUGAUGUCAAUAGGCAGAUAUUUGUUUGCGCUGAUCAAGAAACCCGCCUUGCAUGGUUAAGAAAGCAGAUGGCGCCAAUACUUGAUUGAGUCUAAAAGGAUUAACUGUGGGCAAGAUAUGCAGGAGACAGUGAAGAGGUGCACGAGAACUGCAGGUUACAUCUUCAAUGUUCGGACAACAGUUCCAUCGACAAAUGUGGAGGAUCACUAUGACAUUUCUCUGUCUAUUAUGUAGCAUGAUUCUGUCACACUAUUCUGCUAUUGAUCAACAUGAUUUUCAAUGAGCUUUAAGCUUCAUCAGUCUUAUAACGCUC